UAAAAGAACACCAGUCACCCGUCCGUUCUUUCAUCUUUUUGCGCAAACCUUUCAAACACAUACCAUACCAGGAUCAUUAAUUCUGAACUGUCCGGGCACCAUGGCAGUUCAAGUCGACAUACCCAAAUCAGAGGCGUCUCGCGCCGAGGGUAAUACGGCUUUUAAAAAGGGCAAAUGGGUUGAAGCUAUCGGGCACUACACCAACGCUGUCAUCUACAACCCGGAAGAUCCGGUAGCGUACUGCAACAGAGCUCAAGCGUUCCUCAAGUUAGAAAAGUAUCAUGAUGCUGAACGGGAUUGUACAUCUGCUCUCGCUUUACCCAAGGGUAAGAGCAAUAUCAAGGCGUUGUAUAGAAGAGGUCUUGCUAGGAAAGGCCUGGAAAAGAUUGAAGAGGCUCUCAGCGAUAUGGAGGAAGUGCUGCGAUUAGAUAAGAGUAAUACGGCCGUCAAGCCAGAGUUGGAGGAGCUCCAGGAGAUGAAGACUAAAAUGGAUCAAGAGAAGAAGAAGCCCUCUCGACGACCCCUCACCCCUCCAAUUUUGCCAAAACCCCUACCGAAAAAGUCCAGCAAUCCACCAAAGUCGGAAGACGUAUCUGAUCUGACGAAUCUUACUCAAGACCUUGGACUAAAGUCUACAUCUUCUCGAUCUCCGGAGGAGAAGAAAGAGAGUUCGUUCGCGGCUAUACGUAAAUCUCGCGAUGGGAAGAAAAUGUCUUUUGUAGGCGAAAGUACUUCUCAGCUAUCAAAACAACCCCAAGAUAAAGAAGCUGCUACAGACGCUGCUCUUUCCGCCAUCUUUCCUCCAUCGAAACCUCGUGUCACGUCCACCUCCGGAUCCAAAAAGCCGGCAGCCUCAACAAUCAACGUAAACUCUACACCAAGCACUUCAGCUUUACCCCCACUGCCCACUUCUUUGGAUACCACUUCAACAUCCCCUGGUGCCGGUCUGAGCUUACUCCGUUACUUUACGUCGUCACCCACCUACAACUUUUCACUCUUAUCACUCUAUCCAGCAGAAAAUAUACCAAUAAUCCUGGGUACAUUGCUGGAACCCGAUACCUUGGGUUUUCUGCUGCUUGCUUUGGACGAAGGUGCAAGUAAAGGAACCGAAACGGACAAAGAAAAUGUCAAGAAGAUUUUAGAAGGUCUGAGACAGACGAAGAGGUGGAAGAUGAACAUUGGAAUGCUUAGUACGGAUGAGAAAAAGGCAGGGGAGAAUGCUUGGAAAUCAUGCGGAGGGAUCGGUAGCUGGAUAUAAUGACCAUUUGCUCGUCAAACAUGGUAUGCAGUAUGCCGGUAAUGGGCUCGAACACGGACGUUAUCCUUCCAAGCAAUGUUGGGUGCUGCCACCCAGACCGUACUGAUAGUGCAGCUGUAGGGAUCUGCUAGCAUCUACUUGGUUACCCUCGUAAGAAUGUGAGCACCGCAUCAUAUGCCAGAACAGUUUUUUACGCCGUGCUCAUCGAGAAGGCAUGCACACGCUCCGGAAGAAUGAAGGAGGAGCGAAAGGCUAUUUUUAUAUUGCCAAUCGAUAAAAAUUACAUAUAGAGAUCCGACAUAAACAGCAGGACUCCGCAAUCGUUCCCAUGAUGGGGUUGGCUACUUGAGAUUUUCAGAGAUGGAUCGUCUCUUUUGCCCGGCACGACCAGCUGGAAGGGACUUGAAUUGGUCUGUAUUACAACUUAUAGCGGCAACAAUCCUCAGAUCUCGAGGAGCAGCUUUCGGAUGCCAUGGUAUGCAUUAGUAGGUUGAUAUAUACUUUCUGCAGAUAAAAAAUCCGAGAUCAGGAACUGGAU